AAGCCCAGCCUGGGCGCCGCGCGGCGGGGCGCAGAGCCAGGCAGGUGCGGCAGGAGCAUGCGCGCGCGCGGCGGGGGCGUUUCCCGUGCCCCGGGGCGGCGCAGCUCGCGGGGAGCUGCUGCGGGGCGCUUCUAGGCCUCACCCAUCUCUCUGAAUGUGGAGAGCUGUGCGCUACCUCUGAGUCUUGACUUUCCUGCUUGUUGAGCGUGCCUGUGAAGAUACAAUAUUAUGAAAACACCUCUUGCGUUCCAGGAGACUGGAAUCUUUGCUGGACCUCAUUGCCAAAGAAACGCUGUCAAGGACCGCUGAAGUGGCAAUGAGACAGCCCAGCCGGAAGAGGAAGCUCAGCAUGGACUCCAAAGAGCGUAUGACUCAGGAAGGGUGCUUGGGACAAACUGAAGAAGAAAAGAAGCCCAGAGAUGGUGCCACACCUUCAAGCCAAGAACCUUGUGUGACUACACAGGAAACCUGGUCCUGGGACCAAUACUUAAAAGAAUGGAAUGCUGUGGCCGCACCAGUUGAGCUGUUUUCCAAGGAUCAAUCCUUUCCGGAGCAUGAAAAUGGCUUUCAGGUGGGAAUGAGACUGGAAGGCAUUGAUCCCAGACGUCCGUCUGUGUUCUGUGUGCUUUCUGUAGCUGAGGUGUGUGGUUACCGACUGAGACUCCAUUUUGAUGGUUAUUUAAGCUGCUAUGAUUUUUGGACCAAUGCUGGUUCCCCUGACAUUCACCCAGUUGGUUGGUGUGAAAAGACCAAGCACGAACUGCAUAUCCCUAAGGGUUAUAGAAAAGAUAGAUUUGUUUGGAUGGAUUACUUGAAGGCCUGUAAAUUGCAAAAUGCUCCUAAGAAACUAUUCAGAAACAGAAGUUCUAAUGGACCAGCGCAGAAGGAGUUUCAGGUUGGGUUGAAGCUGGAGGCUGUGGACAAGAGGAACCCUUGCUCGGUGUGUGUGGCGACAGUUGCUGAUGUCGUGGAAGACCGCGUGCGAGUCCAUUUUGACAGCUGGGAGGACAGCUUCGAUUACUGGUGUGAUGUUAGCAGCCCUUAUGUCCGGCCAGCUGGUUGGUGUCAGGAGAACGGACGGACUCUGGUGGCACCCCCAGGUUAUCCUGAACCACAUAACUUUUCCUGGACAGACUACCUGCGAGCUACUCAAGCAAAGGCAGUUCCUGCCAAAGCCUUCAACACGAGGCCUCCACACGGCUUUUUGCCAAACAUGAAGCUGGAAGCUGUGGACAAGCGGAAUCCGCGGUUAAUUCGUGUCGCCACCAUUGUGGAUGCUGAUGACCACAGGGUAAAGAUCCACUUUGAUGGCUGGGACCAUAAGUACGACUACUGGACAGAUGCCGAGAGCCCUGACAUCCACCCCAUCCGGUGGUGUGACAGGACGGGGCACCCCCUGGAAGUCCCGUAUGGGUCAAAUGAUGUGAAAAUCCUUCCAGGUCAAGCUGUGUGUCCUACUCCUGGGUGCCGAGGAAUAGGCCAUAUCCGUGGCCCACGCUAUGCAGGACACCACAGUGCUUUUGGAUGCCCAUAUUCAGACAUGAACUUGAAACGGGAGGCCCUGCUUCAGGAUCGCCCGAGAGAACAAACACAGACAAAUCUGGAAUCAGAGUCUUCCCAUGCCACGUCAGAAAACCUCUGUAAUUUGAAUUUCAACGGAAAAUGUGAAAAAGCAAACAGUCAGUCCAGACUUGUACAGCAGGCAAAGUGUUUGAAAAUCAAAGGAAAAGAAGAUAUUGACUUGGAUAAUCUCUUCAGAGAAUACUCAGCUGCACAGGUGCAGCGGGUGCUUCAGCAGUCAGUCUCCAUGACAUCCUUGUCUGCCCGCCCUUUCCGAGACCUCCCCCUAGGCAGGGAGCAGCACUGCAAGCUGCUUCCAGGUGUGGCCGAUAUCCAAGCCAGCCGAGUGGCCAGAUGGACCGUGGAUGAGGUGGCUGAGUUUGUACAGUCCCUUCUGGGCUGUGAAGAACAUGCCAAGUGCUUCAAGAAGGAGCAGAUAGAUGGCAGAGCCUUCCUGCUUCUGACCCAGGCAGAUAUUGUCAAAGUGAUGAAGAUCAAGCUGGGUCCCGCACUGAAGAUUUACAAUUCUAUCCUGAUGUUCAGGAACUCCCAGGAUGUCACUGAAGAUGCUGCUGUCUCUGGCCAAGAAGCCAGGAGAUAAAUACACUCCUGAAUGUCCACCGGCCCCAGGGCUUCUGCUUUUUGCAACAAGGCUGGAUCUCACCCAUUUGAAUUUAAUGCCCCCGUGGUAAUACACAUAAAAGUGUCCGGUUUAGGUGUGUGGUGGACUUUGAUAACUGAUCAAGUACCAAUGACUCUGUCGCUUUUCAUUAGGUCCAAGUGUGGCUUUUGGUAGCAUCCUUACUUCUCCAACAUGCUGGAGAAGUCAAGCCACUGCGCACGCAUCUCCACUCUUCCCCCAUAGAAGAAAACACUUUCCAUUCUGCAAGUAUAUCUCAACCUAGGAAAACUCAAGAAAAUCAUUUCAUUAAUGCAAUGUGGAUGCUUCCCCAGAACUACAUCUGAGCGCAGCUCACGUCUGUCACCUGGGUGUGGCGAGUCUGAGAGAUGGAAGCCUGGUGCUUUCGAAAGAUGUAUGAGGUUUCUGUGCCCUUAACUCAGGAAAGUAUGAAUCUUUUUUAAAAAGUGCUAAAAGCACAUUGGUUUUCUCAUGACCCACAGAUCCUCAUUUUUAUUCUUUUACCAUUCCUUGGUUGUGAUUCCAAGGAGUGUGCCUAGGAGUAACAGAAGAGCCAUUGGAGGCCAUCCCAGCAGCCUGACGAGACUCUCCAAGGACCUGCAGUCAGGGCUCUCUCAGAAGCUUAUUCUAACAGCAGCAGUGGUCCAGACUCACCCGGGAGAAAUUCCUCCAGCUCCACACUGAUGAAACUUCAGAAUGGACUCCGUCCUCAUCUGUUGAUGAUUCAAAACAAAAACCCUAGUACAUCAGGUCUGGUGUCACCUCUCAGAGGUAUGGCAGCAGGACUGACAAACUGACAACCUCCAGAGAGAAGUUCAGGGGCUGUUGUUCAGCUGAAUUUUUCUGACCGGUUCUCAGACAUCGAUCAUAUUUUAUAAGUGAACAUGUCUGAGAUUUGAGUUGUGCGCAGACCACCUCACAAUUAUGAAAGAUUAGAGCCUCCAGUCUACAACUCUUUUUGCUUCUGCACAUAGUAACAGCUACAACUCUCCUCCUGGAAAGAAAUGUUCAUCCUUUAGGAGUGGGAACCAAGGGGAAGCCAUGAGAAAGAAUUGCCUGACAACAUCCUUUGCCACAUUAAAAAUGAUCUUAGUUUAACAAAGUCGAUUCUGCUUAGGGAAUGUCUCUAACUUUAGAUCACUGGAGAAGAAAAAAACCUCAAAGAGGUGUGUAUUGCAUUCUCUAAAUGCUUACCUAAAGGUAAGUUUAAUGUACUAUCAGGUGACAUAAAUUUCUUUCUCUGAUAAUGUGUUUCUUAUUUGUUUUUUAUAGACUUCCAUACGCAAUAAAAAUUCCUGCAUCUACUGUUAAAGUUUUAAUAUAUUUUCAAUGCUAAUAAACAUGUAA